ACAGCAGUCUAAACCCAGAGAAAAACCUUAUUUACAGCAAGCAGAAAGGAUUUUGGCUUGUACUAACAUGGAGUCUCUGAAAACUGCAUUUUACUUCGGAGUCUGCUGGUCUGCUUGGAUUAUCACUACUGCAGAUGGUGUCUCUCUGCCCAAAGCAGAGAACGUACUUUGGGUGUCUCUGGACUUUAAAACAAUCCUCACCUGGACUACCACUCCAUCUAACGACACAUACACUGUCCUGUACUCUUGGGAUGACAGUAACUGGAUGGAGAGUCCUGACUGCAUCCGAGUAUCAGAAUCAGAAUGUGAUCUGACCAACCACCUUGAUCCCCUCAACAGGCUCUACUCUGCUGACAUCAAAACAGAAGCUGCUACCAUGGACUAUGACGAUUACCAAGACGAGCCCCCUCACACUUAUUCCCCACACAUCAACCCCUAUAAAGAGAGUAAGAUCAGUGCAGUCAAGUUCAGUGUGGAGGUUGUAGAAGAAAGCAAUGUGACUGUGAUGAUCACUGAUCCUGUGACCAGUAUCCAUAAACAAGGGAGACAACUCACAAUCAGAGAUAUUCUCAAAGAUGACCUCAAGUACAAGAUCAACUACUACAAGUCUGGAAGCACAAGAACGAGAGACAUCAUAUCUGACUACAGUAUAGCAAACGUGUCAGGACUGGAUCCAGGAGUGAGUUACUGCUUUACGGUAGCAGCUUUCAUCCCCUCCAGACCCAAAGACUUGCAGCACGGAGCCUGGAGCAUUCAUCAACCCCUCUGCCUAACUCUGACCCUCAUUAUCCUUCUAGAGAUGAAUGUUGGAGCAUUAGUAGGUGGACUAUUCAUCCUGCUCAUAGUCCUGAUCAUCAUCGUCACUGUGACCAUCCUUUGCUGCAGAUGCUGCAGACAAAGAAACAAAACCCUACAAACGUCUCAGUCCUCUACAGUCGUUUAGUCUAUGACUGUGUGUGUGUGUGUAUGUGCAUGCAUGUGUGUGCACAGGUGUGUAUGUGUGU